AUGGCGGACGGCGACAGCGGCAGCGAGCGCGGCGGCAGCGGCAGCGGCAGCGGCGGGGGGGGAGGCGGCGGAGGCUUCGCGGCGCCCCGGGGAGGAGGCGGAGGAGGGAGCGGGGCCGGCGGCGGGGGCGGCGGCGGGGCCGGCCCCGAGCAGGAGACGCAGGAGCUGGCGUCGAAGCGGCUGGACAUCCAGAACAAGCGCUUCUACCUGGACGUGAAGCAGAACGCCAAGGGGCGCUUCCUCAAGAUCGCCGAGGUGGGCGCCGGGGGCUCCAAGAGCCGCCUCACGCUCUCCAUGGCCGUGGCCGCCGAGUUCCGCGACUACCUGGGCGACUUCAUCGAGCACUACGCCCAGCUGGGGCCCUCCAGCCCCGAGCAGCUGGCGCAGGCCGCCGGCCCCGGCGGCGACGAGGGGAGUGGGCCCGGGCCGCGGCGGGCCCUCAAGAGCGAGUUCCUGGUGCGGGAGAACCGCAAGUACUACCUGGACCUGAAGGAGAACCAGCGCGGGCGCUUCCUCCGCAUCCGCCAGACCGUCAACCGCGGCCCCGGCGGGCCCGGGGGCUUUCCCGGCGGCCCCCCCGGGCUGCAGAGCGGGCAGACCAUCGCGCUGCCCGCCCAGGGCCUGAUCGAGUUCCGCGACGCCCUGGCCAAGCUGAUCGACGACUACGGGGGCGAGGAGGACGAGCUGGGCGGCCCCGGGGGCGGCGGGCCGGGCGGCGGGGGGCUCUACGGGGAGCUGCCCGAGGGCACCUCCAUCACCGUGGACUCCAAGCGCUUCUUCUUCGACGUGGGCUGCAACAAGUACGGCGUCUUCCUGCGGGUGAGCGAGGUGAAGCCGUCCUACCGCAACGCCAUCACCGUCCCCUACAAGGCCUGGGCCAAGUUCGGCGGCGCCUUCUGCCGCUACGCCGAGGAGAUGCGCGACAUCCAGGAGCGCCAGCGGGACAAGCUCUACGACCGCCGCGCCGGGCCCCCCGGUCCCGGCAGCGGCAGCGGCGCUGGCGACGACUCCGACGGCGACGACGUGGACGACGACUGA